CUUAUCUAGUACUCUUAUAUACAUUAACGAUAAGCAAAGACCUGCAUUCCAGUCCUGAAACCAGUGAAAAUGUCGUUGAGUAUUAGGAAUGUGUUGACUAUUGUAUCGAUGUUGGGAUAUUAUGCAAGUGAUGCAAAAGACUGCCCCGAUAACUGGACAGUUGAUGGAACCUCAUGUUACCUGUUUGGUCACCAGAAACUCUCAUUCUUCUCGGCUGAGAGUUAUUGCAACCAACAUAAAGGGCAUUUAGUACACAUCAACGGAGACCAAGAAAAUACAUUUAUAAGAGAACAUCUAAGGUACAUGACAGGAGAACGCUGGUGGAUUGGACUAACAGACGAUGAUAUCGAAAAUACGUGGUUAUGGUAUGGCACAAACGAAAAGGCUGAGUAUACAGACUGGGCACCAGGACAACCUGACGAUAAUGGUAGAAAUGAGGACUGCGUUGAGUUCAACAUGGCACCCGGUUAUGGGGGUCACUGGAAUGAUGGUCCAUGUGACUUUCAUACAUUUCCGAUCUGUGAACGUCCGUUUGACGACACUGACAACGUUAUUGUUGGAUAGAUUUGGCAGUGCAUUACUAGUAUAUGUAAAAUAAAAACUAUUUACAAUUUACCUAAAUGCAAUACUUUU